AUGCCGUCUAAACCAGAGAGUCGAAAGACACCACACAUAGGCAGCGAUGAUCUGGUCCCAUUUGACCACGCUGCUGCGGGACAUGACGGUGUUCGCUGUACGCUUUCUGGCGCGCUGAUCGCAAAACCUUGCACACGCCAAGAAGUGGAGUUCUACGAAUCCAGCGCCCUCCACCCGGCCCUUCAGGAGUUUAUGCCCCUCUACGUCGGCUCCCUCUCAUCCGCGGAACAACAGCAGCCAGUGGCAAUUGCUGCUGCGCGAGAGUCGGGCGCUCUUUUCCUCCCCGACAGCACCUCCGCCGAUAGCGUCCGCCCCGCUGAACCGUGCCCGGACUCGCAGGAACCGACCGCCGAGAAAGAGGAAUCCGCCUGGGUGCCUUCGGGUGGGAAAAAGAUUGAUACUGGAUUGUCGAUCGUGCUGGAAAAUGUCGCAUGUGGAUUUCAUCGGCCCAACGUGCUGGAUGUGAAGCUCGGAGCGCGACUGUGGGCUGAUGAUGCACCACCUGCUAAGCGCAGCAAACUCGACGCUGUAUCUCAAGAGACUACCAGCUCGAGUGUCGGAUACCGGAUCGCAGGGAUGAAGGUAUGGACGGGUCAGGACGGUGAGACUGACGAGGGAGACCGGACGGACCCGUAUGAUACGAAACACGAGGGCGCCGAGGGCGAGAAAGGCGAAGUCAUCGAGAAAAAUGGUUAUCGACGGUACGACAAGUGGUAUGGCCGCUCGUUUGAUGAGAACACCGUCAAGCGAGGAUUUGAGACGUUCCUCGUGGGCGCCAAAACGGAAAAGAUCGACCGAUCAAAAAUGGUCGCUCGGCGGCUGGCGGAUGAACUGAAGAAUAUGCAGCAGGUUCUUGAGGCUGAGGAGAGUCGAAUGUACUCAGCUAGUGUGCUCAUAGUCUACGAAGGUGAUCCUCAGGCCAUGGAGCACGCGCUUGAAGAGGAGAGCAAAGUCCCUCCGCCCCGGACUCGAGAAGAAGAGGAAGAUGAAGAUGAAGACGAUCAGGAAUUCGAAAUUCCAGAAGAAGCUUUGCAACUGGUGGACGUCCAGUUGGGCCAGGGAAUGCCUCAGCAGGCCAUCAAUAUCAACAUCGACCCACAGACCAUGCCGAUGCCCGAUCUAGACGAUGACGAGGAAGAUGAGACUCCCAAAGUUCAUGAUCUCCGCUUGAUUGACUUCGCCCAUGCUAAUUGGACACCCGGGCAGGGCCCGGAUGAGAAUAUCCUUUUCGGUGUGCGCAGUUUAAUCAAGAUCUUUGAGGAACUGGCAGAGUGA